AUGACUGAUUCACCUGAUCUCUCUCGCCCACCUGUGCCACCCGAUUACCUUCAGAGCGACUUACUCUUUCAACUGCUCGACUGCUGUCAAACUCAAGGCAGUCCCCAUGGCAUAGUUUCAACUGUUAAACACGAGGAUGUCCCAAUCGUGCGUAUUUACGGCGUGACCAAGGAGGGUCACAGUGUUCUUGUACACUGCUACAACUUUGAACCCCAUCUGUGGAUUCGUGCCCCCAAUCGGUGGCUUGACGUAUACUCGAAAACGUUCGUGCAAGAGUUAAACGCUAGUUUGGACCCGCUAACUCACGUGUCCAACACAGUGGUGCGCAUCGAGAGGCACAAGCGCAGGAGCCUCAUGUAUUACAAUCCGGAUGGUGAAUGUGAUUACCUUAAGGUUAUUGUUCAGCUCCCACAGCACAUUCCAAGGUUGCGCACGCUUCUUUCCUCUGGCGUGAUGUGUGUCGGUGCGUGGGAAGGGCUACGUGCGUUUCCGACAUUUGAAAGCAACGUCAUUUUCCCGUUGCGCUUUAUGGUAGAUGGCAAUAUUGGAGGUUGCAACUGGAUUACUGUCCCAGCGGGCCAGUUUCACCUGUUCAGCCCACGUACUUCGACUUGUCAGAUUGAGGUCUGUUGUUCUCAUGAAGUGCUGCAGAGUCACGAAGCGGUUGGAGAUUACCUUUUAAUUGCUCCCUUCAGGAUCCUUUCUAUUGAUAUUGAAUGUGAGGGGAGAAAAGGCCUCUUUCCUGAGGCUGAGAGGGACCCUGUUAUUCAAAUCGCUAAUCACUGCGUCAAUUACGGCAAGGAGGAGGAUGCUCUUACGCGAACUAUCUUCACGCUCAAGAGUUGUGGAGCUAUUGCCGGUGCUAAUGUGUGCUCGUUUGAGACUGAAGAAGAGAUGCUCGUGCAAUGGGCUCGCUUCGUCAAGAGAAUUGACCCCGAUUUUCUCACUGGCUAUAACAUAUGCAAUUUCGAUUUCCCGUAUCUUCUUUCCCGUGGAAUCACGCUGAAGGUGAAUGACAGCUUUUUCUACUGGGGGAGGCAACUCAACGAGCGGACAGUGCAUCGUGAAAAGAAGUUCCUCUCACGACAACUGGGGAAUCGUGAAUAUACGGAAUUGACGAUGGAGGGCCGUGUUGUCAUGGACGUGAUGGCUGUCAUACAGCGUGACUAUAAGCUGCGCGCCUACUCUCUCAAUGCUGUCUCGCAACACUUCCUGGGGGAGCAGAAGGAGGACGUUCACCACUCCAUCAUUUCGGAUCUUCAGCAGGGAAAUGAUGAGACACGGCGGCGCCUGGCAGUGUAUUGCCUAAAAGAUGCCUAUUUACCGGUUAAGCUUUUAGAACGACUGAUGGUUGUGGUAAAUAAUGUGGAGAUGGCCCGUGUGACGGGUGUACCGAUUGGUUGGCUACUGGAACGCGGUCAACAAAUUAAGGUUUUCUCCAUGUUGUUGCGUAAGGCGCGGGCAAGAAAUUUUGUGGUCCCCACGGUGGAAACUACAGGAGCUGAACAGCGUCGUUACGAAGGCGCUACCGUCAUCGAGCCUAAGAAGGGGCACUACAUUGAGCCAAUUGUUACAUUGGACUUUGCCUCACUCUACCCUUCCAUCAUCAUUGCUCACAACUUGUGUUACUCAACGCUGCUUCCUGGGCAUGAGGUGAACAAUUACGAGUCAGGGAUGAAGGAAGACACCCCCACGGAACACAAGUUUAUCCGGAAGGAGGUUUUCCCCGGUGUGUUGCCCGAAGUCCUGCGGGAUCUGCUUGCCGCUCGAAGGCAGGCCCGAGCGCUAAUGAAGGAUGUUUCGCAGGACUCUCUUGAAUACAAGGUUCUUAACGGCCGUCAGCUGGCGCUGAAGGUGAGCGCUAAUUCUGUCUACGGAUUCACUGGCGCCCAGGUGGGUAGGUUGCCGUGUUUAGAGUUGAGUGCGACUGUGACGAGCUACGGGCGAAGGAUGAUUGAGGAGACAAAGCAGUUCGUAGAGAAGAAAUACGUGGGAGCGGAGGUGAUUUAUGGUGAUACUGACUCUGUUAUGAUUCGAUGCGUUAUAAAUGCCGAUGAAAGUGACACCAAUAAAUUGCAACAGGCGAUGGAUUUUGGAAAGGAAGCUGCGGAGGCUGUGUCCAGCACCUUUCCGGACCCCAUCAGGUUGGAAUUCGAAAAAGUGUACUACCCUUUCUUACUAAUGAAUAAGAAGCGCUACGCUGGGUUGCUAUGGACCAACACCGUGCGGUACGACAAGUUGGAUGCAAAGGGAAUAGAGACCGUUCGUCGGGACAGUUGCCCGCUUGUCGCCAGCGUCAUCUCCGGAGUGCUUAACCGAAUGCUGAUUCAGCGCUCCGUAGAGAGUGCGGUGGAGUUUGUGAAGGGAACGAUUCGCGAUCUCCUACAUAACCGACUCGACAUCUCGCAGCUGGUCAUCACGAAGUCUUUCUCCAAGUCUGAGUCCGAGUACGCUGGAGCACAGGCCCAUAUUGCCCUGGUGGAGCGCAUGCGAAGGCGAGACCCCGCUUCUGCCCCGAACGUUGGUGACCGCGUGGCGUAUGUGAUUGUCCGCGCCGCCAAGGGGGCCAAGGCGUAUGAGCGCAGUGAGGAUCCCAUAUACGUGCUGGAAAACAACAUUCCUAUCGAUACGCAGCAUUACCUUGAGCACCAACUCGGGCCUCCGCUCCUUCGUGUUUUUGAGGGUGUUCUUCAGGACCCGAGCGUGUUGACGAAGGGAGAUCACACGCGGUACGUUUCUGUUUCGGCUCCGAACAGGAACGCAGGGGGGCUGAUGAAGUUUGUGAAGUUUCAACUCCAGUGCAUUUCUUGUCGUUCUGUAAUACAGGAAGGGGCCCUGUGCGAUGCGUGCAGCGUUAUGGGUCCCGACAUUUAUGGGAAGAUUGUAGCGAAGCGCAAUCACUACGAGGCUGUUUAUUCACAGGUAUGGACACAGUGCCAACAAUGUCAGGGAUCACUGAAUCAAGAGGUAAUUUGCACGAGUAGAGAUUGCCCCGUGUUUUACCUGAGGAAGAAAGUUCAGAAAGAUGUGCAUGAGCAGCAAACACUCCUGGAUCGCUUCGGUGUAGUGGACGAUUGGUGA